GGGACAGGGAGGGGCCACACCCCCCCACCCCCACCACACCAUGCUGGUGUUACUGGGACUGGUACUGGGAGCCCGGGGGGCAGGUGCCUUCCUGGUGCACGUGACCAGCUCCUGCCCGCUGGCGGCCAACGGCUCCGUGCUGGACUUUGACUUCGCCAUCGUCUUCAACAAGAACCCCUUGGUCUGCUACGACCCCAGGGCCCGGCUCUUCGUCUCCUGCGAUUGGGGACUGCUCCGCGGCGUCGCCGACGUGGUGGCCUCCAACCUCAACAACGACAGCGCCUGGCUGCAGCGCGCCGAGGACCGGCACCGCGCCUGCCGUGACCUCGGCCACCACUUCUGGGCCUCCACCGCGCUGCGGCGGACCCCACCCCAAGCCCGCGUCAUGGCCUCCAAGACCUCCAACGCGCGGGCGCCCGUCCUCCUCACCUGCCACGUGUGGGGCUUCUACCCGGCCGAGGUGACCGUCGUCUGGCUGCACAACGGGGACAUCAUCGGCCCCGGUGACCACCCCCCAACCUCCGCCAUCCCCGACGGCGAUUGGACCUACCAGACGCAGGUGACCCUCCUGGUGGACCCGGUGGCCGGAGACACCUUCACGUGUUGCGUGCAGCACUCCAGCCUGGAGCAGCCCCUCCUGGAGGCCUGGGGUCCUGGUUUGUCCCCAGGGUUGACGUUGAAGGUGGUGGUGGCCACUGUGGUGAUGGUGGUGGGACUCGGCUGCUUCGUCGCUGGCGUCUACCACUCCCGCGUGAGGCCAACGGCCAACGGUUACACCCUCCUUCCUGGAGGCAACUACCACGCAGACGGCAUCUGAGGACCUUCGGAAGGACGACGUCCUGGCAACCAUGGCCCCAAAUUGUCACCAUCACCAUGGGGGGACACCACAGAGAGGACAAUAAAGAGGCUCCGCAAUGGAGUGGUGUCGGAUGGGG